GGCAAUGUUAUAACUGGUGUAUUAUUGUGAAUUCUUUCAUUACAGCUCAUAGAUUUUCAGUGGAAGCUGGGUAUGGCUGUGAGCUCUGACAGUUGCAGAUCCCUUAAGUAUCCUUAUGUUGCAGUGAUGCUGAAAGUGGCAGAUCAUUCAGGACAAGUGAAGAACAAGUCCUUUGAAAUGACAAUCCCACAGUUUCAGAAUUUCUACAGACAAUUCAAGGAAAUUGCUGCAAUUAUUGAAACUGUGUGAAAACUGAUUCUAAACUGAAAAUAAUCUAAAAUCACGGACUUCACUUUCUGCAACAAAGCUGCUUAAGGAUCGAAUGAUAUUUAUUGAAUGAAAAUUAUACUUUUGGUUUUCUACUUUUUAAAAUAAUAAUAAAAAAAAAAUCAGACAAACAGGAAUUACAAAGUGGUGAUCGAUGCACAGCUUUGUGAAUGUACCAAGAGCCACUGAUUUGGAUAGUUUAAAGGGUAAAUUCUGUGGUAUGUGAAUUAUAUCUUAAUAAAAAAAUAAAUCAAGCAGUUGAAUAAUAGUAAAAGUAACACAAGUUUAUGUAUUAAACCAGCAGUUUUAAAAAUUGCUGGUAGUGUUACCCAUUUUAUAAACAAGCUCUUACAUAGAUGCCUUUAUAUAUACAGUCUUAUAUAUAAAGUAUAUAUAAAUGGAAAAAGUAGUAUUUGAUUAGGAUAAUGUUACUUUACAAAUUCAGCUUUAUAACAUUCACUUGCUAUGAAAGCAGUUAGUGAGAAGAGUGAGGCUGCUGCUUCUCAAAAAUUUGGAAUCAAGUUAGGAUUGGCCAUUGCUCCCUUGUAUUAACCAAGCAUUCAGAUGUUUCUGUUAUUAAUAUUGUAGAAAGUUCAAGUAUAUGCAGACAUAUUAAGAAUUUAUAUACAAAUGAGUUAACCUGGUAACACAGAUUAUUGUGUUAGGUGAUCCUUUGAAUUUAGAUUUGUAAACCAGUUAAAAUAUUUUAUAAAACCACAGCAGUCAACACUAUAUGGCAUUGCUCAGUUAAACAGAUCGCUGGAAUAGACUGUGUGGCCUAGAAAUAGAUCAAGAUAUUUGAGACAAAGAUGGUAUUUCAGUUGGAUGAGAAAACAAUUUAAUAAAUGAUACUAGCAGUUAUAGCACAUACACAAGUAAAUUUCAGAUGAGUUAAUGAUUUAACUAUAAAAUAUAAAAAUUAGAAGUGUUAUAGAAUAUGUUAACUAAUGCUUGGGAAGACAGCAAUUCCACAACUGUAAUAUGAAACAAAUAUAUUUGAAAUUUAAGAAUUAAAAAAUCAUAUGUGAGAAAAAAAAUGGGUCCUAAGCAAAAAUAAAAGACCUGCUGUGUUGAUGUGUAAGUUAGCUCCUAGUCUAUAAACAAAUUGCUUUAAAUAUUUGAAGUAAGAAGAGAUUUUUAUACAAGAAAUGAGAUGUUCACGUAACUGUCAGAAAGACUGAGGGAAUGAGAAGUUAUUGCUGGCUUUUAGAAAAUCCAGUAGUGCAGGAAUUUCAGGGAAAGCCCCUGCCAGUAAUCUCUGCACAAUGCAGGAUGUCACCUGGAAGCCACUAUACGGGCCAUUUCUGCCAUCUGUCAGCAUGUUCGAAUGAAAUAAAGGCUGCCUGCUUUCUUCACUCUUCUAGUUUCAGUGAGAGUGCCUCUGAUUUGUGGAAGUUAAACCAGGAUCCUGUUCAAUUGAGUUUCUAGUCUUUCAGCGCCUUUGGAAGGGAGAUUUACAAAAGCAAAAAUGGUUCUGAGUAUUUGUACUCCGCUGACAGGAGUUAUGGUCUUUUUUGCAAAGUGAUAUAGACACACACGUUAUGUAGAAAUUUUGCAACUUAGAAAUUGCAGUUGAGAAAUACAACCUUUGGAAUAAAGCCACUAAUCUAUAUAAAAACAUUUGCAAAUUUGGCUAAAUGUUCACCCAGUUCCAGUUUGGGCACACAGGAAGGCUGCAUUUUCCAGCCUCCCUUGCAGUUAGGUUGAGGCCUCUGAUUGGGUUGUAGCCAGUGGAAUCUGGGGCAGACGUGUCCCAAGUGACAUCCAGUCUUUGUCAUGAACCUUUCCUUGUCUUCCAAGCUUUCUGUCAUGUUGAAUGCUGGAAAGGAAGAAACCUGAGAUAGUGAACCCAUUAAGAUGGAUCCCCUGAAUCACGACUGGAGGCACACUCCUCAUGGUAACAGGCUGACUUGCACCAGGCAGUGAUGUCAGCUAGAAACAAACUCUUGUUGUAGUAAGCUAGUGAGAUUUUUAGAGUGUUCGUUACAACAGCAAGUGAACAUAACUUGAAUAACACAAGGUAUUUGUAUGAAGAUUUUUUGUAACAUUUCCUCAAGCAGUACAAAGCAAAAUAAAGGAAGCAGCGACUGUCUAUAAUAAAGAAUAAAUGGUUGAAUAAAUUCAUUGUAUCUCUGCUAUAGCAUAUCAUUGACCUGCCAUUAUCAAUAUGUAUUAACACACCUGCUGGUAACACCUACAGUUAUUUCAUAAAACCAUGUAAAAUGUACUCAAUAUAUAUUUGAAUUCUUAAUGUAAAAUUAGGGAAAUCAAGGAAAGAUGUUUAUUGGAUUGUAAGCAUUGAUGGAGAGGGUAUAUGAAGAGGGAGAGGAAGAGCAAUUAAAAAAUUAUUUUUAAGUUCA